CAUGCGCUGAGUAGUAACGGGGUGUGUCAGGACUGGUGUUUGACUGGUUGGUUGUUCUUCACCGUGUCUGAGCGGGUCAUGGCUUCGUGUUGACUGUGGCUGCUUCACCUCACGGUGCUGAGGAUGUCAGUCCUAAAUCUGUCCUUUGCUGCUUGUGGUUUUGCGGGGAUCUACCACCUGGGCGUUGUGGGGGCUCUGCUCCGCCACGGGGACAAGCUGCUGGGGUCCAUGAGGGCUUGUGCAGGGUCUUCAGCUGGAGCACUGGUGGCUGCUGUUCUGAUCACAGCUCCCGACAAGUUAGAGCCAUGUAAAGAAUUCACCUACAGGUUUGCAGAAAGUGUGAGGCAACAGAAGUUUGGAGCCGUUACUCCAGGAUUCGACUUCAUGCUGACUUUACGGGAUGGGAUCGAGGAGAUUCUUCCCAGGGAGGCACACAGUGUGGCCACUGAUAGGCUCCAUGUGUCAAUAACACACUCAAAAAGUGGCAAGAACUGCGUUGUGUCCAGGUUUACCUCCAGAGACGAGCUCAUCGAGGCUCUACUCGCUAGCAGCUUUGUACCAGUUUAUGCUGGACUCAAACCAGUGGAGUUCAGAGGACAGAAAUGGAUUGAUGGAGGGUUUUCUGACAGCCUGCCCAUUCUUCCUGUGGGUCGAACCAUCACUGUGUCCCCCUUUGCUGGACUCCAGGAUGUGUGUCCAGUCCACAAGGGCUUCUCUAAUGCUCAGUUCAGACUGCCCAACAUGACCAUCAUGUUUUCCAUGGAGAACCUGAAACGUCUAAACCAGUCUCUGUUCCCUCCGUCCACUGGCACCAUGCGUGCUAUAUGUGAAGAAGGCUUCAGUGAUGCCGUCCGGUUUCUGGAAAGAGAAUGCUUGAUGAGCUGACAGAUGCCUCCCUUCAUCAAUGACACAUCCAGCCUAAAGUAAAUGAUGACUGGACUGUACUUAUAUAGCACCUUUCUAUUUUAUUAAGAUACUCAGAAAUCUUUACAACACAAUCUGUCUUCAUUUACCAAUUCAUACAGCUCUGUACUAGAUCUCUACUAAUCAGUGCUUUAGAUCAGCGGUCCCCAACCUUUUUGUGUCACGGACCAGCUUAAUGUCAGACAAUAUUUUUGUGGACCGCCUGCCUUCAAGGUGUGGAGGAUAAAUACAGCAGAAUAAAAUUAUACAACUGGCAUAAAAACUGCUAUUUUCUAAAUAAACAUGAAUCCACUAUGUAUGCAACUUUAUUAACAGCGUCCUUGUAACAUCUCACCCACCCACCUUCUUACACGUGUUCCCGUGAACCUAUCACUCUUGUCCUACAGAACCUCCAUUGGUUCCCUGUCACUCAUUGCAUCCAUUUCAAGAUCCACCUCAUCACAUUCAAAGCCCUCCAUAAUCUGGCCCCUCCAUACCUGACCGACCUACUGCAUCACUACACUCCUUGUUCCCUCCGCUCCUCCGAUGCCAUCCUUCUGUCUCCCCUGUAGGGCCAAGCUCCACAUCUGGGGAGACAGAGCCUUCUCCGUCGCUGCCCCCACACUCUGGAACUCACUGCCCCAACAGCUUCGUGCCUGCUCCGAUCUCUCCACUUUUAAAGAAUUCAAAA